CUCAGCAAUAUGGCGGAAGUCCUCCAGCUGUUUCGUUAGCCGUAUACGGCGAUCUAGCGUGGUCUCCGUAAUAAUGAGAAAUUAUCGUAUUUAGUGGUUUUCUUUAGUUUGUUGUGUUGGAUUAUUAACCGAUAUUGAUUGCUUUGAAAUACUUAGAAAUCUGUGACGCAGCAAUAAAGCAAUAAAGCCUUUGUAAGGCAGAAGGCACCACGUGUAGCGUUUUAUGAAUACUUUGUGCACCACGUGUAGCGUUCUAUGAAUACUUCUAUAAAAUAUGCUCACUGAAUUUCUUGUAUUUCAAUACAGAAAUUCCUCAUAACAUUGAUGUCCUUAUUUAUUACGAUAUCCAAUUUUCUUCUAUUCACCACGCUUGUUUUAGCCGAUAUUAUAGCGAUAUAAUUUGCAAUUAUAUUGAUAGACGUUAUAAAAAUGGAAAAUUUCAAAUCAAAUGAAGGAUUCUUUGACUUGUGUGUAAAUGUACCGGACGGAGGGGCGGAUAAUUUAAAUAAUAUUUUAUCAAGGUUAUAUGAAAUGGGUUAUGGAACAGUGGCGUUAAAUCAAACUGUAAAUGAGAGUGCCAUGGAUAACGAUAAGAAAAAGAAGCAAGACAAACUGGUAACGAGUGUAGUGCCAGAUCCAAUUGACGUUUCAAAACUAAAUGAGAAAUGGAAAGGAAAACUGUGUAUACUUAACAGGCUAACAUUUAUUUGUUCAAGUGCUGCAAAGGCACACACUUUGGCACAAUGUGCAAAUUUGAAAAAAUAUGAUAUAUAUGCUCUCGUCCCAACCAAGCAAGAUAUAUUAGAGUUUGCUUGUUCACAAAUAAAAGCAGAUCUCAUCACGAUAAAGCCAGAAAUUUCUGGCAUAAGAAUAAAUCGAAAAGUAUAUCGGCAGGCAAUAGCAAGAGAUCUGUAUUUCGAGAUACAAUACGCAGAUCUUUUGAGACAGGAAACACGCGUAGCAACUCUUCAUCAUUCUUAUCAGCUACAAACGUGUCGCAUAAGCAUGAAUGUAAUCAUAUCCAGUGGUGCGAACAACAGAAAUUUAAUCAGGAGUCCAUAUGAUAUCAUAAAUCUUGGAUCUGUAUUAGGAUUGCGACGAGAUAGAGCCAAAGCAGUUAUAUUAAAUGAAUGUCAAUUUUUUCUUUUGAAAGCGAAAAAACGAAUAUCGGGCAAAACGGUGUUUACGGUGGAAUUUGCGGGAGAACCGGAGGUAGAUGUCGAAGAAGCGGGAAAGAAGCAAAGAAUAAAUCUCUAAAUUAAUACCAAAAUUCAACUUCUAUAAUUUAUUUAAUAAAAAAUUUCUACUUUACAGUUUGUAUAUAUGCUACA